GGAGACGGGCAUCAUCCCGGCCACAAUCAACUUCCAGGAGCCCAACAGCGAGGCCACGGGUUUGGUAGCGGGCAGGCUCAAGGUCGUAGACAAGAACACGCCGUUGCAACUGUCCGAGGACAGCGUCCUGGCCGUCCACACCAUGGCAGUCUCCUCCAUGGUGGGACACACGGUGCUCGGCGGCAACCCUCGCGGCCCCGGCCGCGUCCAGGACCCCGCCGACCACCUGCCGCGCCUCGUCACCUUCUCGGCCAGGACGGAGGAGGCUGCCGCGAGCAUCGCGAGCAAGAUACAAUCUGCUCCAUUUGACACAAACUACUACCGCUUGCUCCACGAUGUGUACAAUGAAGACAUCAGAGGGUACAACUACCGGGGCUACGUCAUCUGCCCCUCCACCGGGAAUGACACUCUUAUCGCGUCGCUGGAGAAGAGGACGGUUUGGUUCGUGUACUCGGGCAUGGGCAGUCAGUGGGCGGGCAUGGGCUCGGCGCUCAUGAAGCUCCCCGUGUUCGCCGAGACCAUCGAGCGCCUCCACGCCGUGCUGGAGCCGCGCGGGGUGGACCUCAAGGACAUCCUAACAGACACGGGGCCGACAGCGUUCGACAACAUUCUCAAGUCGUUCGUGGGCAUCACCGCCUGCCAAGUCGCGCUCACCAACGUGCUCACGGCCAUAGGUGUCGUCCCGGAUGGCAUUGUAGGCCACUCCGUAGGCGAGCUGGGCUGCGCCUACGCCGACGGCUGCGUCACGGAGGAGCAGGCGAUCCUGGCCGCGUUUUCACGAGGCACGGCCUCCAACGCGGUCCAGCUCAUCAAGGGCAAGAUGGCCGCGAUCGGACUCGGCUACCAGGAUGUGCUCCCCCGCCUUCCCCCCACAAUCGACGUGGCCUGCCACAACUCGUCCACCAGCUGCACGCUCUCCGGCCCCGCGCAGGACGUGGAUGACUUUGUUGAGAAGCUCAGCGCCGAGGGCGUGUUCGCCCGGGGCGUCAAUGUGUCCGACCUCGCGUAUCACUCGCGGUACAUCCAGCCCGCCGCCCCGCUGCUGCUGCAGCACCUCAAGGAAGUUAUCCCGGAGCCCAAGCCCCGCUCUUCCAAGUGGAUCACGACGUCGGUGCCCGUCGACAAGCGGGAUAGCGAGCUGGCCAAGUUCUGCUCGGCCGAGUACCAGACCAACAACCUGUUGAGCCCCGUGCUGUUCGAAGAGGCGCUCCCGUUCAUCCCCGAGCAGGCCGUCCUGAUCGAGGUGGCCCCUCACGGCCUUCUGCAGGCCAUCCUGAAGCGUGCACUGCCUGACAAUGUCCACAUCCCCCUCACACAGCGAGGCCAUGCCGAUCCCCUGCGAUUCCUGCUCGCCGCCAUCGGCAGGAUGUCCUUCUCAUCCAUUGCUCCCAAGGUAUCUGCCCUGUAUCCUGAAGUAGACUUUCCUGUGCCUCGAGGUACACCAGCUGUGGCACCGCUAGUGACCUGGAGAAGUGACCUGACGACAUAUCAUGACCCAUUUAACAUGGUGGGAUGGCAAAUGACGGGAGUACAAUUAAACAACGACUCCGUCUCCGUGAAAGUCGAUGGGUCACGCAUUUACCCGUUAUCGGAAAAACUUGUUCUGAUGUGGCAAUCUGCCCUAAGUAAAGAACAGGAAAAUGCUGGAAGUUCCUCUAUAUCAUUUCAAGACAUACUCGUGAAACAGUGGAUCGCUCUCCCUUCUCACGAGACCAAGUUCCUUCAGGCACAGUACAUGCAGGGCACAAAGGAAACUCAGGUCCUGUACAACGGCGUUGGAGAGAAGCUCUGCGCCUUGGUGGUAGGUCACGUCCACAUCAUGGACUCCGGCGUGGAGGUGCCGCACAGUCCUGCCGUCCGGGAGCUGAAGGAGGACUCCGUCGACGUCUCCAAGCACCACUUGUACCAGAAGCUGGCCGCCAUGGGACUGGAGUACACGGACACGAACAAGACCAUCACGUCGAUCCGGAUGGGACGCCGAGGCUGGCUGGUCAGCGUGGCGCCCCACGACUCGCUCGCCGCCACCCUCGAGACCGUGCUGCAGGUGUACAUACUGAGUUCGUUGAACGAGGGCCAUAAGGUGCGCCUGCCGUACAGGAUACGCCGGCUAGAUAUCGACCCGACCAUGCUGAAGAAUCAGACAGCAGGGUUGUCGCUGCACCUCGACCUGGCCACCGGCGUCCUGUCGGGGGCGGGCGUCAGUGCGCACGGCGUCGUCCUGCGGGAGCGCACCGAGUCCGCCGCGGCGCCGGUCGCGUUGGCGGUGCGGCACGUGCACCUCGGCGAUGACGUCGUGCGACUGCAGUUCUUGGGCGUGACCUCGCUCAGCAGCAAACGCGACGGCGGCCCCACACACCUGGACUACGUGGGCGUGCUGGAGAACGGCGCCGAGGCCAUGCGGGUGAUGGGCGUGGGCCGCUGGUUGCCCGACGACCGGGUGCCACAGCUGGACGCGGUUCUGCGCUGGCCGGUCCCGGCGAGCUGGUCCACCCGGGACGCCGCCACCGUCCCCUUCGUGUACGCGCUCGUGUACCACGCGCUGCAGGUGCAGGCGGGCGCGCGCCGCGGCGAGUCCAUCCUGGUGCACGAGGGCGCCUCCGCCGUCGGCCAGGCCGCCAUCCGAGUGGCGUGCCAGCUGGGCUGCGCCCCACUCUACACCACGGUGGCCAACAGCCGGGAGCGCGCCGCGCUGCUCGCCAUGUUCCCCCAGCUGCAGCCCGCCCAGGUGCUGAGCUGCGGCGACGGCGGCUCCUUCGAGCACCGCCUGCGCCUACUGACCCGCAACCGCGGGGUGCGCCUGGUCGUCAACACGCUCGCGGGCGCCGAGUUCCGCGCGUCCCUCCGCUGCCUCGGAUUCUUUAGCCGCCUCAUCAACUUCUCCCGCGAGAACUUGCAGGAAGAGAGCAUAGGUUCUAACGUCUUCCUACGGAGUACUGGCGUGUUCGGCUGCUCGGGCAGCGAGCUGUUCCAUGCCACCGAGGCCACCCGCCGCAAGGUGGUGGACGCCGUUGCCAAGGGGAUCCGCGACGGCGCGGUGCAGCCCAUCGUGGGGGCCGAGGACUGCGUCGGUCUGCAGAGCAUUCGUGACCUGGUGAAGGGGACGAAAGCGGUCAUAGAGGUGAACAGCGCGAUGACAGAGUCCAGCCACUGCGACUCCCACGAUUUCCACACCGUAAACGGUCACCGAGUAGCGGGUAAGAAAGCACCCAGUCGUCUGCCCCCCCUUGGAGACCUGUUCCACAACUCGUCCCUCGAGGUCCUGCCCUCCGCCAGCGUGGACCAGGGCAAGGGGGCGGACAAGGACUUGUCCCUGUCGCUGACGGUGGACGCCCUUGCUGCGCUCAGCAGCGCCGACAGCCAGCGUUCGCGGAGGCCACGGAUCGUAGAGCUGACCUCGCUGGGCCCGGCGUCGCACUCCUCGCGGGAGAACCGCAACCUGUUCGUGCUGCCGCCGCUCAGCGUGCUGGACGCACAAGUCUGACGUAUCCCGGCCCUUUGCCGGCUAC